AUGUCAAAGUGGACAUUGAACAUUGGUAUUUGUCUGAUGUGGAUGAUUGUGAUUGAAACAUGGAUUGUAAUGACACAAAGAACGGAUCAAUACCUUCCAGAACCAUAUGCAAAAGAUACAAUCUGCCAAAGUUUCCAGCAAAAUAGUGGUAGCAAUUUGAAUAUACUGGCAAUUGGAAUAACGAGGGAUGGAUAUUUAAGAUUGAUAACCAAGAAUAACCUAAGUUAUGUUGUGCCAGCUUAUGCACUGGAUACGAUAAAUAAAAAAUUACAUCUUAUAAGUUGGCCCCAACCACUCAGCCUUCAAUAUUCACAAUUUAUCCAAUUUUAUGAGGCUAUUAAGAAAUUCAACUUUCAAGUAUGGUUUAUGUUUGAUCAAGAAAGUGAUUGGAUUUGUGUAGCAACUGAUUACACUCAAACUCAAGGUGCCUUCAAUUAUGAUAUCAAGCUUAGAAGUGCAAUAAAAGGAUGGAACUAUUCUGAAGCUGAUUCAAUUGUAAUUUCAACAAGCCAACCAUGCCUAUUAUAUGCAAUACAUCAACAAACAACAAGUCUUCGAAUUCGUCGUUGGCAUAGUAAGAAACCAAUAAGGCAAAUUUCGACAAAAUUACUUAAAACUAGUUAUGGAUCAAUCAUUUGUUUUGAUGAAUCCGGUAACAAUAUCACCAUAGUACGGAAUGAAGAUGAGUCUUCAUAUUGUAUCAAGCCUGUUCAAUGGCCAAUAUUGACAGGUUUUGUUGCUAAUGGAAGCUUUUAUCUAUUUGGUCAUUCCUAUGUCUAUGUAUUUGAGGAAAAUGCCUAUAAUAAUCCCAGAAAAAUAUAUCCGUUUCAACAAAUUAG